CAAAAAAAAUAUUUAUUAUUCUAGUUUUUGCAAAAAAUAUACAACUUAAAUAAAAAAGUAACAUUAAAAAAAUUUAAAUAUUUUUUAGUACGCUUAACGAAUACAUCAACAUUUUCGCACAUUUUCAGUUUUUUUCAUACGUUCUGACAUAAUGUUCAUGUUGUUUGUCGGACAAUGAACGGUGCAUUGUGGUGAAUCCGCGUAGCAAACCAAACCAAGCGACAUUUUGAUUAUUAUACUAUUGUAUUGCCAUGUCAGUCAAUAUUGUUUGUGUUUUAUAAAUAAUCGCGGGUACCGUCGUAGUGAUGCGUUGUAAAUAAUGUUUGAGGAAUAGAACGUUCCUACCCGAUUCGUAUACGUGGUCAAAAUUCGCGUUUGAGUUUUCAGUUAUGUAUCACCGUAGGGACGCGUAGCUAUUCUGAAAGUGGUACAGGUAUUGUAAAGAAGGCGUUCAGUGUUUUUUUUUGCGCAAUCGUUGGGGUUUGUCUUCGGAAUGGCAGUGCCUGAACAGUUCUCGCUUCGAUGGAACGAUUUCCAUUCGAAUUUGUCACAAUCUUUUCAUGCCUUGUUGGAAGGCGAAGACUUGGUGGAUGUGACCCUGGCAGCCGGGGGCCAGUACGUGCAGGCUCACAAGCUGAUCCUGUCAGUAUGCAGCCCCUACUUCAAGGAACUCUUUAAGAUGAACCCGUGUGAACAUCCGAUAGUGAUCCUGAAGGACGUGGCCCACCAGGAGUUGCGCCAGCUGCUGCAAUUCAUGUACCGCGGCGAGGUGCACGUGCGUCGCCAGGAGUUGUCCGGCUUCCUUCACACCGCUGAGCUGCUGCAGGUCAAGGGUCUUACCGGCGGACGAGAGCGGAGCGAGUCCCCCUCAGUCAUGGCCGACGAGACCCCGAAGCCGGCGCCCUCGCAGCCGGAGCCCGAGCCGGCGGCCGAGUGGGCCCCCGCCGUGGAAGACACGUCUUCCGACGUGGUGCCCGAACCGGCUGAGACCAUCACCAUCAAGGAUGAGGCGGCUCGGAGCCCGUUGAAGCGAUUACUGAAGAACACCCCGACUAAGAACAGCCACAACGUGAAGAAGAAGCCACGACCCAUCAAGGACAGCCCCACCCACCCGGAGAAUACCGACUUUGCUUACGACGGCGAACCGCUGAUUGACUUCGACAACGACCUGUAUCACAGCGUGCUUGUGCUCCCCGAGUCCGCCAAGGAAUCUGGUUGGAACUGCAAAACGGGCGGCGUAAAAUGCCCAUCCUGCCACCGAUUCUUCGCGAACCGCUACAACCUUAAGGUGCACAUCCGAGACAAGCACGACACGCGCGAGGGCACGCUGCAGUGCGACAUAUGUCAGAAACGUAUGCGCAACCCGUCGUGUCUGCGCGUGCACAUGUAUCAUCAUCGCAAGCAAGCCGCUUACCGUGCACAGCUGUCGUCGCAGGGAGGACUCAUGAACCAUGUUUUCUCGCCGGGCCUGACUCCUGAAUCGAAUAAGGCGUUCCUCGCGCAAAUUGGACAAGGCGAGGCGAUGAGGCAAGCUUUCUCAACAUCAACCCCAGAACCGAAGACAUCAGACGCGAACAGCUUCCCCCCGACUCCCGAAGCAGCCGUGUUCCCCGAGGCCGUGAUUCCCAAGACGGAAGCGGACACGGAGACCGCAUGAUGUCCACUCCCUUGGCAGCCCAUUGAAGACGACUUUGUGCCUCCCGACCGGCUUUACCGAAACUUCACGAUGCAGGCGUACUGGACCAAGAAUAUGGUCUUCAAAACGGGCUUUCAGGUACGGUGCCGCUAAAUGUUUAAGGUUCGCACGGAUUUUUGUGGCCUUAAGUGGCAAUGAUUGCGAUUUUUGAUAUUUUUUAACCUUAGAAAGGCCUUUUAAAGAUGAUUAAAAUGUUAAAUUACAAAUUUCUGGCAUUCUUCAAAAUGAAAAUAAAAAUAAUCACUUGCAUGUUAUAGUGACAACACACCCCUCAAUUUUACAUAAAGCAGUAUUUAAAUAACUUAAAGUCUUUAAAUAACUCCAUUCAAAAAUCGCUUUGAUUACACUUUCUUAAACAAAAGUUCGUGCUUAACUCAAAAGUAUAAAAGACGUACAUCUGAGUCUAAACGACGUAUUAUGAACGCAUUUUUGUAACUUGAGAUUAGAAUUGUAUUUGAUGAGUUAUAUACUCUGCAUUUUUACUUAUUGUAAGUAUUAACUGUACCUCGAGAUUUAUGUAAAUCCUUGAUGUUCUCAGUAGCCGAGAUAAACGCUACUAUUUCGAAAAUUUUCGAUUUUAUAAACAGUAAUCGUUUUAUAGAAAUUAUUUUAUGGACAUCAGGGAGACGUCUAAAUUUUAGAAAUCAUGUCAGAAUUUUACACUUUUUUUAUAUAUAAAUACAUUCCAAUACACAAAUUCCAAAGACUGAAACAAUAUACAUUGAUGCAUUAUGUUAUUUAUAGAAAGCGCGGGAUGUGCCGGCCAGAUGUCUGUAAUCUCAUUUACUGCAAUAUUGCUUAGAUUUAAGACUGCAAUUGAUGCCAUUCUUCUUAUAUUCUCUAUACUCUUUACUCUUAACUUUAACUAAUAAGUAUUACUUAAGAUUUUUGAAGGAUUUUUAGAUUCUGAUCUUCUACUCUAGUGAUGAAAAUGAAUCUACGUGUAGGGUAGGUUAGUCUGUGACGGUCGCGAUGACAUCCUGCGCUUUGGAUACAAACGAGAUGAAUACACUUGUGUUCUAUCAUUCAUUCUUUUAUUGCAUAUGAAUUGCUCAAAUUAUAAACGGUUUGUAUAAAAUAUCUUUUGAACAUAAAAGAAUGGACGGUAGACGAUAUUUCAUAAUAGACCAAGUACAAGUUAUUUUAGGCAGCUAGACCGAAACCGAUUAGAUUUUAUAGAACAAACAACGUUGCCAUUCCGCGUCCAAGUGUACAAACAUUAUAAUUUUACAAGAUAUUCACCGUGGGUGAACACCGUAUAAAGCAUAACCUUACAGUACAAAAUACGAUAUCGUAUAUUAAUCAUCUAUGUAUGCUUUACUUAGGUUUUAAGUUAUAUUUUUUUAAGUUCUUAAUUAAGUCCCCGUAAACGUGAACAAUUUUAUACGUACAACAUAGUUUUAGCAAUGUAUACAUUUUUUUAAUAUUAUACAAGGGUUGUUUAGGUGUAUUAAGAAUAUUAAAAUUAUACCUCAAUAUUUCAAGCGACUGUUUAUGUAAGAUAUGCUAUCCACUUCGGUUCACCGUUGGAAACAAAUCUCUCGCUCGGCGAAACCCUCCAAGCAAUUUUAUUUGUAUAUUUUGAAGUAAAAUGAUUUUAAAGUAAAGUUUUUUUGACUGAUAAAGUAAUAUUUUCGGUUAUGUCUUAGAAGGAGCGGGGGUAACGGCUCUUGGAGCCCGGUGACAAAUCACAUUCCAAUAUAAGAUAAGGUAUUAAAUUGUCGUCAAAUUGUGGCCGGAAAAUAUCGCACGGGUUGAUAAUGUCGUUUGUAGUUAUGCGGUUACUCGUGUUAACGUUUGUCUGGUCAGGCUUUAAAGCGCGAAUAGCUUUAACGUUUUAAGAAUUGUCCCAUCGUAAUGAAGUCGAAAUGUAUUGUAGUCAUUAGCUCUCUUAUUGUAUGGAGGUGAACCUUGGAUUCGAACACACUGACCCACGGCCGGUGUGCGGCGCUUUCAUGUAUAUUUUGUACGACCCACGGGUCCGCGCCAAUUUAAAAAGAAAAUGUAUAAAAAAAAAUCAAAAACGUCCAAUAAACGGUGUAUUUUUACAAAGGUUUGGGUAACUAACCAUUAAUAUUAUAAGGGGUAAUGUGACUAACACUAUGAUAUUAAAAAAAAAUCUCUUUACAUUCCACUAGAUGUAAGCGUGCAUAAUCUUAAAUCAAAAUAGAAACUUUUUGCUAACUAUAUUAUUAUAUGAUAUUUAUGGAUAAGUAACGUAGCGAUUUUAAGAUUUUAAAAGAGAUUAUUAAGAGGUAUGAGUUAAGGACAUUCCAUAGUAACGAUAGCUCUUGUAGAUUUUUAGCAUUUAUAUUGAUAUAUGAUGUGUUUUUUACCAAAUUAUUUUUAUACCAAUGCUAUUUACAUUAUAGUAUAUGUCGAGUGUAUAAGGUGCAACCGCAAGGCCUCUGUCGAUUACGAUAUGCUCACAAUACUUGAUUUUAUUUACGACGCCAUGUUUUAAAUGCAAUGGCGAUACACUUAUUGCCUACUUCGUAAUAACUCGACAGGUACUGUUAAAGUACCAUCUAUCUCUAAAGCAUCUUAAGAAAUAAAAUAGAGGUGCAAUAAAGAACUUGCAUUCGACACAGAACUCGCCACUGCCUUUAAAACAUAGUCCUCAGAGCCCGCUCAAGUUCUCGAUGGAAGCGCUCAGAAUAUAUUUUACUCUUAUUCUAUUUAAUACUCAGUAUAAUGUGUUGCCAAAUAGAUGUAUGUUAUCGAGUCAGAUCGAGGUAGCCUCAACAGUGUUGUAAAUUCACGUAAAUACUCUCUAAAUGUCUUAAAUGUAAGAAUUUUGAUGUUUUUUUAUAUAGUACUCAGGUCGUGUGACGGCUUAAAAUUGGCUAAAAUUAUAUUAGUCGAGCCGAUUUUAUCAUGAAAUUAAUAAUACGUAAUGAUGUAGAAUUACAUAAACGUAUUUGUAAUGGUUUGCGUAAACGAGGCGGCCUCGGAUAUAAUCGAAUCAAUAUCUACAUUCUACAGUUAGUUUAAGAAGCGAAUGUCGCACUUACGUAUCUUAUAUAUUGAUGUGACGUGCAUACUGUAUAUUGUAACGUAUCUUACCCAUACUCUAAGCUUCUACAUUGUGCUCAAAUAUUCAUUGAAAGUACAGAUCUAAGUAUCCAUGACAAAACCCUAGUAUUUAAGAUUGUUUAGUCCAUUUUGCAUUUCAAAUUUUGGGUCACAGCUAUAAUGAUUUAGUGGAGACUUUAAAAUAAUCUUUUCUAUAUACUUUAUUCUAUUUUUUCUUGAAAUUACAACUGCAAGUACAAAAAACAUUGUACACUUUUAUUCUUAUUAAAACUAAACGAUCAACCUUUACUGUUGUACAAUGUAUAGUGGAGGUAUUUCAAACUUACAUUGUAGUCCAAUUAAUUGAGUUCAGAUUAUUAUAUCAUAGACAAACCUGAGCCCAGGUUUGUUUUGCUUUAUAAUAAUUGUGAAUCUUCUGACAAUCUCACAUCCCACUGAAAAAAGAUUAUGCUUCACUAUUUCUAUCGUUAUUCUAUAAACUUUUAAACAAUUCUCUUCUCCACUAUGUAUUCAAGACCUGCCGAGUUGAGCAGAUUUCAAAGAUAUUAUAUUAUAUAAAGUUUCUACGUACAUUUAGGUCAAUACUACUAAAUUUAGGAAUUCAAUUGCCCAUAAUGAAAAAAAGUUUUCUUCAAAAUUAUUUAAUAGUCAAAUCAUUUGACUUGCCACGACACGACAUGUUACCAUGUCUCAUCACAAAAAGUAACAAUUGAUGCACCAUUGAAUUUAUAAUACUAAGACUCAUUUAAAAGAAACUACCCGUUUUUCUUGGUUAACACAUGUAUUAUUAAAGCAACAUUAAGUUAAGCAGCGUUUGUAUAGGUGGGGCACCUAGCAGAUCUCUCGUUAGAACUUUGAAAUUCAAAAUGGACUGAAAACAUAAAGUUGUUCGUUCACAACGAUCACUCAGCCAUACGACACGUUUUAGGCAACUAAUCAAUCGUAUUAAUAUCAAACUGUCCGUCUUUAACAUUUAAUAUUAAGUAUUUUUUACGAAGCAAAAUAACCAAUAGAAUGAUAUUCGUAGAUUAGAUUUAAUUCUCAUCUCUUAACUAUCUAACUGUCACUGUGUAAGACAGAUCUACAUUCCAUUUUAUACUAUUCUAGUUACUAUACUUCUUAUACUAUCAUGGUAAGCGAUUUUUACAAUAUUUAUAUACUUAUAUGUGUGUAUUUUGGAAUUAAAAUAUCUUGGUUUGUACGACAAUAAAUUGUCCAACAAUUGGCCAGUAUUCUUCGAGCCUAGGUACUAAAAUGAUCAUGUAAUAAGUCUGCAUUCGAAGGCAGCAUUGAAUAACAAAAGUCUGACUUUUUAUAUGUGCCGAGUUGUAUCUCACAACACAUACAGCAGUGAUAUUUAUGUAUAUUCGUCCGAAAGAGAUGGAAUCUCUUCUAAAGGCUGCUAUUGAAACAUUUGACUGCUAAAUUUUGACGACACUCUGUCUCAACAAAAAAUUGUCGAAAACGACUUGGUUUUAAAUCAAUUAUUAACAUUCCUUUUUAUAUAAUAAACUGCAUUGCAGUAAUUUUAUACGUAAUAUUGUGAAGUAAUUGUAAAGCGUUUUAACAGUAUCGAACAAUGUUGCUCAAUACUUCUUAUUUAUUAUCUUAUCAAUACACUAUGUGAAGAUUAACCCCGUCGGACCCGAAAGGUUGACAUUGCUCAGGCACAUGAUCAAAAACUGAAAGUGAUUUGAAAACAUUUCUUUUUGCCUUGAUACAAUGCAAUAAGUUCUCUAAAAUUUAGAGUUUUCUUUCUAUUCAUCAUCCGUGCUAUUCUGAUUGUGAGGCGGCUAUUGUGUGGCAAGUCCUAGGUGCCAACACAAGCUUUUGACUUUCUCUUAACUUCAAAAUGUUAAGCAGAACACCUUCACGGGUCGGAUGGGGAUUUCUAAUAUUAUGGUAUAAGUAUUAUAUCGAAUUUAUAACGUACAUGUAUCGAAUUUACCAAUAUUUUAACCAUUUCGAAGUAGUUGUGUCACUUUUUUAAAUGAAUUCUAUUUAUUAUGAACUUCCUCUACUUUAUGGGAAAAUAAACAUUUAAACUCAUAGUUGUAAAGACGAUUCAAUUAUAUUUCGGGCUAUAUUAUUUAUCUAUCUUCAAAUGAUUUUGUCUACAUAUUUAAAAAACCGAUCUGCCCUAUGUUUUAUUACAACGAAAAUGGUGAUUUGAUUCUCUUAAGCUCUCUAAGUUGUGAUUAUAAUUAUUUUUUAAGUUUUAAAACUUCCACGUUCUUAAUUACCUGUGUUGAUGUCGAAAAAUAUUAUAAUUUUUUCUUACACUUUUCAAACCUAUUCGUAUUUACUCACAUAGAUAAAAAUUUGGCGUUUUAAAAUAAAAUAAUUCACACGGAAUCUGGGGGACUUGAUGGUAUUUCUGUCAAGUCAAAUAUUUUUCGACAUCGGUAUUUGUAAUCUGAUUUUAGCCCAAUUUCGCGACUACUCAUUUUAAAGAUGCAUUCUGUGACCAUCAAUAUCAAAAGAUGGAGCGAAACUCUAAUAGUUGUCUGAUUUUCAUGAAUUUAAAAUUGUCUUAUGAUUAGCCUAAGUUUUUAAAAAUCCGUCAUGUCUUACAAUCAAUUUCACCACGUGUAUCUCAUAAUAUUCACAUAUGCAAGACGGAACUGUUUUAUUUUGUGUAUUUUUUAUUGAAGAUCAGUACAUUUUUUAUGUAUAUAUUUGGUAAUGUCACCAUGACUAUGUGCUCUGUUUAUACUCAAAUACCUUUUAUAUUUUUAUAUUUUAGCUUUACUAAGAUAAUAAAUUAUAACUUUUGUA